GUCACAGGGCUCCGAUCCAGCCGGGAACCCAGGAACAGAGAAGACAGCCGCGUCCGGCUCUGCUCCCUAGCAAGGACUCUGACGCGGCAUGUUGCCCCGGCCGCCUCCACUGUGGGACGCGGGCAAAGAGCAGGCGCCCGAGAAACAAGGCCCCUCGGCGGGCAGAGACCCCGGCGAGGUCUGGAGCUCUGGAGAGGAAGGACUGGGGGAGCCAGGAACCCCCCCACAGGACAGCCCGCAGCCCCCGUCCCGAAGGCCUUCCUGGACCCGGAGAGAGCAGCUGCUGCCCCGGGCCCCCCCAGGCCUGGCUGCCGAGCAGUCCCCGGGAACCCCGGUUGCCCUUCCGCCCCAGAUGGCCUGGGAGGUGGCCCCCUCAAGGAUGACGGUCCUAGCACCCUGGGACCCCAGCUUCAAGGCUAAAGCAGGACCUCGGCUGGUGUGGGGGCCCAGCUGUGCGUCAGGCGCCUCCUUCUCAGGCCGGACUUUGUGUCAUCCCUCAUUCUGGCCACUGUAUGAGGCAGCGUCAGGCCGGGACCUCAGGCCCCGGGCCCCAGCAACAGGGCAUCAGAACGGAGAGCACGUGCCCAGGGACGCAGGGCUCCCAGUGAUGGGCCGUGAAGAUGUCUUUCUGUCAGACCCGCUGCUGCCCUGUGGCCAGCGUGUCCCGCUGUACCUGUCCGAGGCCCCUCAGCAGGUCAUGGGCUCUCUGAAGCUGCUGCUCCCACCUCCUGUCAUGACUCCCUGGGUCCUCCGCACCCCGUCCCCGGGCUGCUCCACCGCCUGGCUCAGUGGGCCUGAGCUGAUCGCCCUCACUGGCCUCCUGCAGAUGAGCCAGGGGGCUCCGAGACCUGCCUCCUCGGGGGCUCCCACGCCCCCUGCUGGCUCCCCAGACCCUGUAUCUGACCACCCAGGCCCCAGUGGCGGGCCCAGCUGUUCUCGCUGCACUGACCCGUCUGUCCCACGAACUCCAGAAGCCCACUGAACACAGCUCUUCUGUGAGCAUUGUGGGUCC